CCAGUGGACUUAGCAGUGUCACUGUCACCAUGAAUGGGAUCUGCUGGACUUAGCUCUGCUCCCUGACAUCACUGCAGUUGUAGUACAAUCCCCACCUGUCAGGCCCAGAAGGGAAAUCCCCACUAUUUGCCUGAGUCAACCUGUGGAAGAGAAUAUAAAUAGAGGGAUCCUGGUUCCUCAAACAAUCAGUCUCAAGGCAAGUCCUCGUGAAUCAUCUCAGGCUCCAUCUGAAUUCCUCAGAGAUGCAGAACAACUCAAGGAACCUCAGGGCAAGCUGCCUUCUGGGCUUCUUGCUGCUGCUGGUUGCUGCUUCCAGAGGGAUGAGGCUGCCCAGGGAAAACAAGCCUUCCUGGCAGGAUUGCAAAGAUGCCUCGCAGGAGAUACUCAGCGAGUUGUGGAAGUUGAGGCUAGAGAAGGAGAAGGAGGUAAAUGCGUCUGUUCCACUUCCCCAGAGGAUUGAAUGCAGAGACAAAUGUGAUCCAGAUUCGUUGGACAAUAAUAAAAUGGGCUGCCUGGGAAAAAUCCACCAAGGACUUCACCAUUAUCAUAAACUUCUGGUGCACCUUUUCCCCCCGGAGUCAAAGACUGAGCUCAAAAAGACCCUGUAUAAACUACUGCAACUCGUUUCAAAGCUACAGGUUGGAGGAAAUAUGGAAAGCAGCAGCCCAGACCUCCCUCCCAUUUCGACAGAAUGGGAGAUGCAAGCCUUGCAGGACCCCAUCCUGCUUCGCCUGCAGUCCUUUGCCGUCGUGGUGGCAAGAGUCAUUUCCCAUUGUGCAGCCCAAUCGGAAGCCGCA